CUCAGAUAAGUUUUAUCUUUUGUGGAAGUGACUUCAUUCUGAUACGAAUAUUAAAUCGAUCACAAGUAUUCAAAAUUUACGUUCAAGAGUGACAAGUUCGUCAAAACUUUGCUCAAAUUUUCUCUGGAAAAAACAAUGUCGUUGUACGAAUCUGUGCCGAUAUCUUCAGUUUGGGCAAAAUUGGAAUCUACGUAUGGCGAAAUAUUCUCGCUAUAUCUGAAGGACUUGUUAACAGAAUGUGCUUACGAUUCAUUCCAAUCGUUAUUCAACAUUGUCAGUGGAUCAAUACGUCCAAUGGAACAGGAUUUGAGUAAUAAUCCAAGAGCUACGCAAAGAUACUGCGACAAAUACAAAGUCAAACAAGAUUCCUUCAAGUUCAAGCCGGCUCAUAGAGAUAUUAUUCUGUCCAUUCCUGGAAUUUGCGAAGACUUGAAAGAGGAGAUGGAUAAGUUGUCGUCGAAAUCGUCUUCGGCUCCAAAGAAAAAGAGGACUUCCUCACAUGAAUCGAGCCUGGUGAAAUCGUCUUCGGCUCCAAAGAAAAAGAAAGUUUCCUCUCGUGGAUUGAAUCCGGUGAAAUCGUCUUCGGCUCUAGAAAAAAAGAAGAUUUCCUUUGGUGAAAAAAUAUCAGGGGGAAGCAAAUGUGUAGGUACGACAACAAUCCAUUCGUUAAAAGUGGUCUUAAUAAGCAAAGUGAAGAGAUGUGCACGGGAGACAGGCGUGAAAGUAGAAGAUAAUGACAUCGGCGAACAAAAUAUAAUUGGUUUCGACCGUUCUUCUGUUGAUGGCCAUCUAUAUUCGUGUCAGUUUAUGUGUCCUCUUUGUAAGAAACCGUAUGUGGUAAAUUACAAAAAGAGUUGGGACAUGUCUAACAUUAGAAAACACUUCAAUCAAAAGCGUCGGUCUGAAGGAACUAAAGAAACUAUUAAGUCAAACGACACAGUGCCAAAGUCAUCUCUUUUCUCAACUUUUCCAUAUCCGAAGUGGCUUUAGCCUUAGAAAUUUGUGAUCGGAAUCCCAAAGCAUCAGAUUCUC